AUGACACCAUUAACAAGGCUCUCUCGUCUCUUUACUUCCAUCUUUAUCACAUUCAUCGCCACCAUCUUUUUGCUGACUACACCCGUUAAUCCUCUCGGCUCAGCCUCCACAUUUAUCGUCACUGAUAAUACCACCACCGUUUGCGGUAUCAUUGCUGGUGAACCCGCACAAAGAAUACUAUGCUUCCAAGACGGUGAACAUGUCACCGUUUUGCCAAAUGUUUCUUUCCAGGCUAUCUCUGGUGGCCGUAACUUCUUCUGUGGACUCAGGUCGGAUGGUUUGAGCUUGCAUUGCUGGGACACCAAUGUUGUCGUAAACUCAACCUUUCAACCAAGACGUUUGUAUUAUAACCGCACCGUUCGAUUGACAGAUGUAGCUGUCGGUGAUGAUCAAGUUUGUGCUAGAGAGGUCAACUCUGGCUUGGUCAGAUGUUGGAGAGGUAGGUCUUCAUUUCCAUCACCUGAUGUUGAGUUUAACUUCAAAACAAUCACAUCAGGGAGCGGGUUCACAUGUGGGAUUUUGAGUAACAACAGCGAAGUUUAUUGUUGGGGUGAGAAUAGAAUUGGAGAUAACAUUCAAAGGCAGUUUGGUAACUUGUCAAUGUCGACUUUGGUUGCUGGAGAGUCUCAUGCCUGUGGGUUGGAUGAAAAUGGGCAUUUAGUUUGUAAAGGUAAUAAUAAUUCUGGGCAGCUAAAUGUUCCUUUCAGUUCAGCUUAUGAGUUUUCUGGUCUUGCAUUGGGAGCAAAUUUUAGUUGUGCUAUUAGGGAAAGAAAUGGAUUGAUUACAUGCUGGGGAGACUCAAAAAUGGUUGAUUCCGAGAUUGCUGCAAUAAGUGAUGUUUCGUUUGAGUCCAUUGUUGCUGGUGUGAGCUUCAUAUGUGGGUUAACCACCAGGAAUUUUUCUAUCAUUUGUUGGGGACCAGGGUGGCUUAAUGCAUAUAAUUUACAAAGUGUUGUGCCAUUGGGAAUGAUAAUUCCGGGUCCCUGUGUUGAAAGUUCAUGUAACACAUGUGGCGUUUAUCCGAAUUCUGAGUCCCUGUGUGAUGGCUCUGGAUAUAUUUGUAGAUCAUGCCAAAUUGAGCUCCCACUUUCAGUGCCAUUGCCAUCAGUAGCACAAGCACCAUCACCAGUUCAACAUCCAUAUUCUUCUCCAACAAAACCCCCAAAUAAGCUUUCUUUGAUAUUUAUUAUUGUUGGUUCAGUUGGAGCCUUUGCAGGAAUUUGUGCUGUUGUUUAUUGUUUAUGUGCUGGAGUGUAUCGUUUAUUGCACAACAGAAUUUAUAGUUCCGAUCAUCCCAGUAUUGCUGCUGUAAAUAUGGCUAACAAUGGCUCAAAUUUGCCAUCUUUAAGAACGUUUUCAAUUACUCGCCAGGGUUCAAAGACAUUGGGACGCCAAAGAAGUGGAUCAUCAUAUUCAUCUCGCACAGAUAAGACUGAAAUCUUUUCACUCUCGGAACUUGCCGCUGCUACCAACAGCUUCUCAUCGGAGAACAAGAUUGGCAGUGGAAGUUUUGGCAGUGUUUACAAGGGCAAGCUCCAGAACGGACGUGAAGUCGCGAUUAAAAGGGGAGAAAAUUAUGCAAAGAUAAUCAAAUCCAAGGAGAAAGAAAGUGCAUUUGAGUCUGAAUUGGCAUUGUCAUCAAGGCUUCAUCAUAAGCAUUUACUGGGACUAAUUGGAUACUGCGAAGAAAAAGAUGAGAGGCUUUUGGUGUAUGAAUACAUGAGCAAUGGGGCACUUCAUGACCAUUUGCAUAACCAGAGCUACACUGGAAUGAACAGCAACAUUUUGAAUUCAUGGAAAAUGAGAAUCAAAAUUGCCUUAGAUGCUGCUAGAGGGCUUGAAUAUCUUCACAAUUAUGCAGUGCCUCCAAUAAUUCAUAGAGAUAUCAAGUCUUCAAAUAUACUUUUAGAUGCUAACUGGACUGCUAGAGUCUCUGAUUUUGGAUUAUCUCUGUUGACUGAUCAAGGAUCAGUGUCAACCAAGGCAGUUGGAACAUUUGGGUACAUAGAUCCUGAGUAUUAUGUACUAAAUGUACUAACAUCAAAAACUGAUAUUUAUGGCUUAGGAGUUGUAUUAUUGGAGCUUGUCACAGGAAAAAAAGCUGUGUUUAAAAAUGAAUAUGGAACGGCAAAGGACCUGGUAGCAUAUGCAGAGCCAGAGAUAACAGCAGGGCAUCUAAACCGGGUGUUAGAUAAGAGGGUGGCGGCGCCAGAUAUUAAUGAGAGGGAGGCGUUGGAGGUGGUGGCUGCCAUUGCCAUUCAAUGUGUCAACUUAGAAGGAAAGGAGAGGCCAAGUGUAACAGACAUUGUUGCUACUUUGGAGAGGGCACUGGUUCUUUAUGAGGAUACUAAUGCUGUUAGCUUCUCUACCACUACAUUCUCAUUCCCUUCUGAUCGAAUCCCAUAUUUCAUGUAGUUUUUUUUUUCAUUUUUUUACUGUUUCAAAUUUUUGGUUCUCAACUUGUGAUUUCAUCUUGGUAUACACCUUUGUUUUUGUUAAUUGAUAGACUUAAUUUAGUGGUCACUUAUAGAGAAUGAUGUCCCCUAA